ACUUUUAAAUAUACUAGAAGAUGAAGCUCCAAGGAUAAGUUUGAUUAUAGCAUCCUUAGCUGCUUCCUCUGCUAUUGCAGUUGCUACAUCUAAAUGCUACACCUUUCUUUGCUCACAUAAACUAUUAGAAGCAUUAGGAGCGUUCCGAUUGUGAUUUUUUGGGAGGAAGAGGAAAUAGCAGCGAAGACAAAAAAUGCCUAAGCAAAUUAAUGGGAUUAAGGACUUCCUACUCACUGCUAGGAGGAAGGAUGCAUACUCAGUGAAAAUCAAGAGAAGCAAAGAUGUGGUCAUGUUCAAGGUUCGAUGCUCCAAGUAUCUGUGCACACUUUACGUGUUUGAUACUGAGAAAACUGAUAAGUUGAAGCAAUCACUUCCUCCGGGUUUGAAUGUGCAAGACUUAUAAUUCUAUUCGGUUAAAUGUGUAUUGAGUGAAGAUCAAGUGUUGCUUUGGACUCAAGAUUUACCAAUAUAUUUUUGUAUUGUUGUUUAU